AUGACUACGCCACACAAUUCAUCAGAAAUCGAACGACUUAAAGCUGAAAUUCAUCAAGAAGAACAGAUAAAAUCAUCACUUGAACAAUCGUGUCAUGAAUUACAAAAUACAGCUGCUGAGUUAGAAAAACGAUUAAAAAUGAUUGAUGAAGAGAUGAGUACUCACAUUGAUGUAGGUGGACAAAUAGAAGGCAACGAAUGGAAAACACGUUUUGAAAAUCAAGAAGAAAUUAAUCGUCAUUUAGCACGGCAAAUUCUUCUACUAGAAAAAAAUAUUGAUCAAGCAAAAGAAGAACAAAAGACUGCAAAAACACGUGUAGCGAAAGCUGAUCCAAAUGAAGUUAGUCAAGAAGUAUUGAGCGUGGUUGAAAAUGAAAAAAAAAAUUUGUUAAGUCAACUACGUGAUUAUGAAUGGCGAUUAGAACAAGAAAAUAAGGCUUAUCAUAAAGCAAAUGAAGAACGAAAAAUAUUAACCAAUGAAAUUACUGAUAUUCGAAAUGCAAUUUCUGUUAUGAAAGAACGCACUCAACCAACUGAACCAAAUAAAACUGAACGAAAUGGGCUGCUAAGUAAUCGAGAACCGAACGAAAAUAUUCCUAUGGAUAAACGUGUUCUUGAUCCAAGAAAAGGUCCCAUUACUCGAAAUGCCGCGACACGUUCACUACCCAAAUUAAAUAAGCAACAAUGA